UCAGAGAUCCAGAAGUGAUGCAGAAGUGAUCCAGAAGAGUAGAGGUAGCUGGUAGACUGAUUCGUGGUCGGCCACAAUAUUAUAAGGCCAGAUAUGACCAGGUCUGUCUCUCCUGAUCAGAAACAACUCAUGUCAGUCAGUAAUGUGGGGAUCGAGAGUGUCGCGUUACGAAUCAAAGGGCUGUGAUUGUGCCUUCCGCUGGUGAGGAUCCAUCGACCGAACAUUCUGUCGGGAACGGAUGAAAAAUUUACGAGUCAAGGUCACGGAGAUGCUCAUCAAAGAGACAUCCCUCAGUUGGCCGGGACUACCGGCUGCAUUUCCGUCUCCGGCUUCGCCGUCCGCGGUAAUUGUUUCACCAGAAACACUAUCUAGGCACAGCAGCAGUUCACCUUCGAGAACUAAUCGCCAACCCGAAUUUGCAUUAGCCUUACCAUGUUCGACACAACCGAUAUCAGCAGUAUGCUACCCACUGGCUCCAACCUAUAUCAAUGUCGUGGAAGACCGAAAUUGGAAAAAUCUUGGAUGCGAUGCAUUAGCGACGACCCUAAGUGCACUCUAUGGAAAACUACUAGUCGUUAUGGGCAUCGCUUUUCCCAUGGCGGAAGUAAUUUCUACUUACAUUCCACCAUCAUUCUACGAAUCUUUCUACCUCUACCUCUACUUCGGAAGCAUGCUUUUUCUUUUCUACAUGUACGUCAUGAUGAUCAAAGAUGGGAGACCAAAGCAAAAAAAGCAGAAGGAAAUUUCCGAUUUAGAAUCAUCACAAUCAUCAAGUGGUGUGGGAGCCGACAGUGACACGGUUGACACUUCUUGUCCACACAUUGCAUCCCCACGUCCUGCGCAUCAUUAUGGUAGUUUUUAUCUUCGCAUGGGAGCCGUGGCUUUCGGAAUCGGUUCGAUGAUUUAUUCAGGCUUGGAAUUCGGUCAGUAUUUUGAACUGGAGCGUAACACGAAAUGCCACAAUAUUAUGCUGGCAGUGACUCCAGCCACGCGCAUGGCCUUCAUUUUCAUCCAAAUGUACUUCAUCUUCUUAAACAACGAGCAAAUGAAAGUUUAUCGCCAUCGAGUAGUGGCUCGAUUUGGACUGAUGCACAUGAUCGGAACAAAUCUCUCUGUCUGGCUUAAUGUUCUUGUACAAGAAACCAAACACGAAAUUUUAACAUUCUACAAUCCUGAGAACAAUUCUUUAAGGAUUUCUCACCGCUUGGGAUCAAAAGGAAAUCUUCACAUUGGCCAUAAUCAUGCCCAUUAUGUGGAACACAUAAGGUUACCAAGAGGUCUAAAAGGACCUCACCACAUGUUCGAGUGUAGAAGAGAUAAUAUAAUGGGAUUGUUAGUCCAAGACGCAAGUCCCUUUCUUUUUCCUUGCACUAUCGAAUAUAGUUUGAUUUGCGCUGCCAUUUUGUAUGUAAUGUGGAAGAACAUUGCCAAGCCGCAAAGUAAAUCAAAUCCGGGUACUCCUCCUAGGCAUCACACUCAUGCUUAUAGAAGGUCACCCUACCACUACAGCGUUGAUUGUGCUCAAGCCCACAAGGGUCUCUUCUUCGGAAUUCUAAUUCUAGUCAUGACCAUCAUUUCUCUGAUCCUAUUUUUCGUCCUGAUAGCUCGUCCUGAGCACGUCAGCUUUGCAGUCGUCGAAGUAAACAUUUGCGAGUUGACCUUAUACGGAUUUUCUACCCUAGCAACCCUAGUUGGGAUGUUCCAGUUACGAAAAUUGCGCUAUGAUGGAGGCAGAAAUCUGGAAUUGGACAACAUUCUUCUAGUCGGAGCCCAAACGGGAAUGUUUAUCUACUCCACAUUCACUAUCAUCGGUAGUCACUUCACCCUCGAAAGGGACACUGUCCUAAUUUUAGUGACUGCACUAGCUGGUGUCAUUCAAACAACCUGUCAGACCAUUUUCAUUCUUGAUGCCUCCAGGAGAUCAGUAGCUACUGCUGAACAAAUUCGUCGAAAACCAGGGAGGCAAAUCGUAACUUUCCUCCUAGUAACAAAUCUUGCCAUGUGGGCAGUAAACACCCUCGAAAAAUCAAGAGCUGAAUCUCAUCCAGUUCAGCUCCACUUUUAUGGUCUCUGGGCCUGGACCAUCAUUACUCACGUAUCUAUGCCAUUGGCCAUUUUUUACAGAUUUCACAGCACUGUUUGCCUCUGUGAAAUUUGGAAAAGAGCUUAUAAAGUGAAGCCGACUUAUAUGUGACGUAAGGGGUCUUCCCAGGGAAAUUCGAAACGUAAACAGAUACAACGUCCAAUGAACCUUCCGAUUAGGCAGAUGGACUCUAUUAUUGAACAUGAUCCCAUGUACUUCAUCUGAUCGCUCGCACUCGAAAAAAUCCAAUUUCGAUUGGCGUGUAAUGUUCUAGCGUCUCCUUCUGAGAAAAAUUUCAGGGGUUAUAGGUUGUAAAUGCAGCUGGGACGAUAAGGAAGAUUAUAUUCCGAUUAGGAUCUGUUUUGGUCCAAAGUUUCAUUAUUAAAGAAGAAACUAAUAAAUUAAACAUUGGGUUUCUUUUAUGAUUUACAUAAAAAGAAUGAUAAGAAAAAUACUUUUAGAGAAGAACCAGUGACAAAUAAUGAUUUUGAAAAAAAAUCUUCUUUAAAAGACAGCAUACUUUUCCAGUCUGAAUUGGAAGCAUUUAUCAGGGCUGACCACUAAUUCUCGUAUCGUGGAUUCUAUUUUCGUAUAAUUGAUACUACUCACUAAUUAAAUAGUUUAUACUCUUUAAAUUAGAAAUACUGACCAGGGUUAUUUUUUCUGCAAACAUAAAAUUUGAAACUUAUUAAUAAUUUAAGAGACCCUACUACUUUAACUACAUAACUGAUAUUAUCAACAGAAAUUAUGUGUACAUUUUAGAAAGAAGCGUCAAAAUAAUAUUUUACCUGUGAUAUAUUUUUAGAAAACACAUAGAUUUUAUGGUAUUAUUCUUCUAACUACUUUACUCACACUUUAAUCUUUAUCAUUCCCUAUUCCCUAUAUAUAGAAUAGAAAUUUUUAUUGCACAAUAAUUUAGUAUUUUUUAAGGUGAAAAUUAGAAAAUUGGUUUUCAAUGUCAGGUGUCACAUAAAAAAAAAGGAAAUUUUGUCAUAUUUCCAUAAAAUUUGUAUGGAAAUCCAGCAGAACUAUUUUAUUUCAGGGAGCUACUCGCAAAUUUUCUAGAGUAGUUUUCAGACAAAUAUUCAAAGAAAUUGUAUUAAAUUUUUACACGAGGAGCUAAAAACGAUAUCAAUCGAUACACAUUACUCUUCUUAAAAAUUUAACACAAAGCAAAGAGAAUAAAAAGAGGAAACAAUUAUAAAUUUAUCUCAGACUCUAUAUAAUCAAACGUAGUUUACAAACGAAAGCCUAAAAUUCAAGGAAGAAAUUUUAAGAUCCUCCAGUAAAGUCUCCUAAAUAUUUUUUUACAUCGAUCAUGUACACCCUGUUCAAAUACAAUUCCUCUACAAAGAAUAUUUUUAAUAAGUAUUUCAAAAAUUUCCAUAAAUAUUGGUAGAAUGCAAUUUAACUAACAUAAAUGAACAAAAGACUAAUUUUUCUAAAUUUAUAAAUCACUUCUUCAGCUGCAUUUACAGCAUUAACAUUAACCAGUAAUAAAUGCUUUGUAAUUCAAUAGAUGCAGUUCAUUACCUCGAGUUCUGCUGCGGCAGAAAAAAUUCAAAGACAGGGUCUCCAGUUAUUUUUAGAUAUAGAAAAAGUCGAUUAAUUUGACUAGACACAAAAUACUUCAUCCAGCACUGGAAAUAAAUAUUCGCACAGUAGUUCAAAGAGCGUUUGGACGCCUAGAUUUUUUUAUCCGCCCAAGUUUAAAUAAUGCAAUAUUUUUAGCUUUUAUAUAAAAAUUAUUAAUAAAUUGAAAGCACGCACUUUUUAUAUCUAAUCUGAUAAUCUAGUUUCUACCAGGGCGUAUACAAAUUAUAAAAGACUUUAAAUCGAAUUAUAAAACAAUUGGGAUCAACGUAGCCACUUAGUUCGAUAUUGCGGGUUUAUAUUGACUUGAGUACAAUUUUACACCGAGUUAGUUGAAAAAAAUAGUUUCGAUACGAUUUUAUAUGAAAAUUAGUUUCUAGGAUGUUGUACAUGAAAAACCCUUGGGUUUGAACGUGCAUUACGUAUAAAAAAGUGACUGGGAUAGAAAAUACAUUUAAUAAAAAAUUCCAUUAAUAAAGUAAAGGUUCCGUAGCAAAUAACAAUUCAUCUAAUCAAUCACAAUUUAAUUUUUAAAGUUUUAGUUGGAAAAUUUUAUUUAAUUCAAUGAAAUUGUGAUCGAUUCGGUAUUUUUUAUGAAAAGGGAGAAUAUUUUAUUGAGUGAAUGAAAUUUUUUUUUGAAUAUAGGCAGACUUGUAGAGAUUCUUUUCAAAUACCUUAUAGAUCGAACACAUUCACGGACAUCCGUCUUCCACAUAGUACAAAACUUUUGAGUUACUGUAUUUUUAUGUCUUAUGUGAGUAAGAAAAAAAAAUUGUCCAGAAAAGUGUUUGGAUCAUUUUAAAAUUAAAAGAAUUUUACAUUUAUAAAGCUAAGUUAAUUUAUUGUUCUCCUUUGGAUUUUAGUAUGCGACAGUUUCAAUCUCUAAUCUUUUGUUUAGUAUUCUGAUUGAGACAGUAUUUAAUCUUCUCUUCUGGGGAAUAAAUAUUACUAAAAUGGAUUUAUCUGAAUAAAAACUUUUAAAGAAUUAAAAGGACAAAUGACUGCUAAAACCUUUUAAAAUGUUUUGAUCCUUAUCAUCCAAAUUUAGUUUAUAGUCUGUUUGUUUGCAAACUUUUUAAAUUUUUUAUUAUUUUCGUGACCUGUACAUUUUUCUCGAAACUCGUAAAUCACUCUAAACUUGAAUUAAACGCACACUUCGUUAAUACUUUAACAUGCAUCAUCUUUAGGUGCGUUCUAUUAGGUGUAUGCUUGUAGAUAUGUAAAUUGAUUUUAACUAAUCUAGGCAAACUGUCGCUUAGCGAAUAGUUAUAAUCUUUUAAUCAUGGAGAAUUUAUUUCAAAGGAUACAUUAUGUAUCCUUUAUUAGGGACACAUAUCAAAACUGGAGGUUGAAUGGACUUAAUCAGAAUUUAAUUAAGAGGUUCAGUAAUAUCUAUAAAACUUUGAAAAUUUCUCAGAUUUUUUUUUCACACAAUCUAUUUCGAAAUCAUUUUUGACCUGAAACCGAUUCCAGCAGAAGCCAGAGAUUUAUUGCAAUAAUUUCUAGGAAGAGUCGCCCAAGACAAGUAUUUAUAGCGAUUGUGGGAUUUCAACACGAGUGUAGGAGAGAAUAUGAUAUGGUAUUUCAGCUUUCCAGUUACACAUGAGAAAAUAAAAUAAAUCGUAGAAAUAUUUCUAAGAGGAAAAGAUUCUCUGGAAUUGUUUCAUAUUUUAUAAAAGCGUUUGGUUUUAUUUAGAAUUUAGUUUCUUCGAAAUAAACCAUUUGGGUUUUAAAACAGAUGCAAUGGAAUAAUAUGAAACUUUAAUGCAUUCAAAUGAAAGGAAUCUAAAUUUUGAAAUUUUCAAUAUUAAAGAAUUUCUUGAUUUAAUUUUUGAGAGCAUAGCUAGGGAAUCAAACAAUUGAGCUAUAAAACAUUGAAGCCAUUAAAAAUUUAACAACAUACAGUCAAUCUAUUUCCUGAAAAACACAGCUGGAGGAAGUGCUAGUUAUUUUGAUCAAAUUAGUUUAAAAUACAUUGUUAGGUCAGUGAAGUUUAUGAAUAAAUUUAUUUUUCAAAAUUCAGAGUUGCAAAAUUUUUAACUUAGAGUUCCGGCUGUGUUUUAAACUCCAUACCUUCCAAAACACUGAUGGAAUUUGAAUAAUUUUUGUAGGUGUAGCGUACAAUUUAUUAGUAUUUUAAUGCAAUUUAAAAACAAACAAGUUUUCAAAAUAGGAUUUAAACAUUUUUUAAAAUUAUUUUUGGUAUUUUGAAUGAUAAAUAAUUCUUUAAUAUAACUUUUACUGUCUUUGGUAUUAGCAAUUAAU